AUGCCGGGCUCGCUGGGCCAUGCCGUUUGCUCGCACUUCCAGCCCUCAGGUGAGUCUGAGCCAAUGCUGGCCGCCUGGGCGUGGGCGCCCACGCCACGACGGAGGGCCACGGCAUUCCAGGUAGCCAAGGGCUACUUCGAUGACAUGGCCGUGUUCAACAAGUUCGGGCACGAGAUCAGCAAGCCGAAGCUGCGACCCGGUGGUGCAGACACCACGCCGGACUGCCAGAAGGAGGACCGACUCCUCACCAAGCGGCAGCAGCGGCUGGACAGGGACUUGGAAAACUUGCGCAAGCAGUUUGAGCCGAAGCUCAUCACUGCUGCGGACAUCGACGGCGAAGAUCCGCUCAAGGCUGCCAUUGCAGAGCCCCCGAACUUCUUCAAGGCCGGGGUGAACGUGGAGGUCAUGAACCCGGAGAGACCGAACUCCGAGCUCCUGGCCUGCCUGAAGGAGGAAGGAGGUAAGUUCGAGCUUUGCGAACAAAAGGAACUCGGGGAGGACGGCCAUGACCUCGCCUGCGACGCGGAGCGCGGGGAGGACUUCCACUGGCGGGAGGGCGACAGCGUGAAGUUCCUGGGCACCUGCAUCGAGCCGAAACCCCUGAAGAAGGCGUUGCUCUCCGCCGAGACGCCCUACCUCCACUGCGUCUAUCCCGACGGGGAGGUGCCCGGGGAGGAGCCGAAGCCCGAGGAGGGCGGCGAGGCCGAGGGCGUGGCCGAGGCGGCAGGGGCAGGGGCGGCCGGAUCCCCACCGCCCGCGAUGUGA